UCGUCUGCCAGCAGUCCAGUAAUACAAGUUCCUACUCCGAUUUAAAGUGACCGCUGGAUCUGCCACUGUACUUGUACUAGUAUGAAAGAGUAAAAGAGAAACUGUUGUGUCGUGCCAUGAGCGACGCGAGUGUAAUCGAGAGCCGAGUGUUGACAAGCCGACUUGGGUCAGAAGAGAACGCAGGAAUGCAAUGUUUCGAGACAAUUCCUUAGCAUCCAGCAAUGACACAGAGGUUGAUGACGGCUGCAAAUCAACAAGCAGUUCAGAAGGGGAAUAUAAUGUGUCAGAAUUUGAUAUUCCCAACUUCGGUGCCAUCGCAGGCUGGGAUCCACAACCUCCGGCAAGUCUACAGUACAUGUGCCUCGUGCCCUUAAACCUCGGUCACAUGAAGUAUGGCACCUCAGAAAAUAAGCAGACAGAACACACUGGAAAGCUGAAGGUGUCCAUCACGCACAGACAGCAAAGACUGAGAGAUUUCAAGAAAGGCAAGAUGAUUGGCAGGAACAUGCUAGAUGAAAAGAAACUCCACAAAGCUGCAAGCAGUAAUGAAUAUGAUACAGUGGUAGAACUUCUAGAGGAGGGUGUGGACCCUUCUUGUUAUGACGGCAAGAAGAGGACAGCAUUGCAUUUUGCUGCGUCACAAGGCUAUGAGCUGAUUGUAAAGGUCUUACUGGACAAAGGAGCAAACCCAAACAUGAAGGAUAUUCUGGGAAAUACUCCUAUGCAUCUAGCUGCGAUCACAGGUCAUGUGCCAGUGGUGACCCUACUUCUGAAAGCAGGCACAGAUAUAAAGUCUGUGGACAGGUAUGGGCGUACACCUUUGCAUCUGGCUAAAUCACGCUUGAAGGGUCUGUCUGACAACAGGACUUACAGUUCUUCACAGUUAAAAGAGGAAGUGAAGCAGGUGUGUGAAAUGAUGCGGACAUAUCUUCACCUCUCAGGAAAUGAGGAUGACACCGAACAAGUGGAACAGCUGUGUCGACAGUUAGAAGCCACUACAACCCGAGAAGAAGUUGAUGUGGUCAACUCUCUUUUGGCAGACUUCACCAGCCUAACAUUACAAAAAGAUGAGGAGGCAGGCACAAGUCAGAGCUCGCUUGUUGCCACAUAGCCACUUUGAAGAAUUUGCUUCCAAAGCAUUUUAGAAAAAUUUUUCUUUGGAUGGUGCCACUCAGGUUGGAUCAGAAAUGCCAUUGGUUUGUGUAUUAUUCGUUUGUUUGAGGUUUGAUGUCAGCAUCAGACACCUGCAGGUCUUAGUGCACACAAAAAAAAAAAAACCAAAAAUGCUAGUUAUAGCUUUGUGACUAACAGUUGUUAAAGUGUAAUAGCUUGUUGCACCCAAAAAGUGUGAAAUCUACUAAAAAAGGGUAAAUAUUUUUUAGCUUUAAUACAAAUGGCCAAAUGGCUGGUAUUUUAUUGUCUCCGUUGGAAAACAAUUCAAGGAACAGCAAAAGCAUACAUUUCUACUGAAGAGAAGGAUAAAUGGUUCGAACGAAAAGAAAAAUAAUCAUGUCGAAAAAUCAGCAUUGAUGCUUUGCUAUCCAAGUGCAAUUUUUUGGUUGUUAAAAGCAUUGCCAUUUUAAUUAGCUUUUAUUAUGCCCUAUUUCUGAUAUAAAGAGCGUGAUUGGGUUAUCUCUGACAGGAAUUUAAGUUUAUGUAAUUCAAACUUGAUACAAAUGUAUUUGAAACUUUCGUCUUAACAUGCAAGGGCAUUACUCCACUUACCUCUGUUUAACACUAGAAAUUUUGCUAAAUAUGGUGGACUGUGCUGAAUCAUGAAUGCUGCAAAAGAAAACAGCAUAAAUGAUAGUGUAAGAAUGUAUGUCAUCAUGUGUGUGGACAUCUUCAUGUUCUGCGUUGUGCUUGCAAUAUUUGAUUUACUGUUUAUAUGUGUAUAGAAUUAAUCUUUUGUUAAUGUUCAUUUUACUCAAUACAUCAUGCUAAUGUCCUCUCUCUUGGCUGUGCAUUCUUCAAGAAGAAUAAGCAAGCUGAAUAGAUUGAGUAGGGUUUACCAAAUUUGAGCGAACUAUUUUGCAUGGUCAUUGCCUUGGCAUUAUGGCUGUUCCUUGAAAAAAAAACUGCGGUACAUAUGCUCAUCUCUACUGCCUGCAUCAUGCCAGCUUUAUCCAAGAAGAAUUUUAACUGCAAUCUUUAAAACAAUUCUUGUGGCAUGAACCCUGAAUGUACUAUCACAUUUUAAUUUGUACACUUUGUGUUGAAGGUAUGUACUGUCUUUUAAAAUAAUAUUUGAAGGCAUUUGAGAUAAAAUAAUUAAAUCUGACGAGUGUGUGUGUGUGUGCACA